UUUAUAACAACUCUUCCCUCAUAUUGAAGGGAGACAAUUAUUGCAUCUGUCAAACUCUACUUUCAAGAUGUUUUUAUCGGCAAAGUCGGUCAUAACUACGGUUAGAAAGUUACCAAUCUUAUGCAAUCAGACAAGAACACUUCUCACAUCAUCAUGUUGUUUGUCAGAGAAGAAAGACUUCAGCAGGUUUCCUGUACCGGCUUUGGACUCAUUGCCAGAAGAUGUGCAAGAAAGGUUUAAUAUUGUUACAGAAAAGUCUGGUUUUACACCAAAUGUAUUUAGAGGAAUGUCCUACAGACCUGAGGAGUCUCGUGCAUUCUUUAAUUACUAUGAUGUUGUAAUGAAUGAUAGACCAGGAGGAAAUCUGACAAAAGCAGACAAAGAAAUGAUUGUAGUAGCAACAUCAGCUGAGAACAAGUGCCUAUACUGUAUAGUAGCUCAUAGUGCACUUCACAGAAUUUUUGCCAAAAACCCUUACCUUGCAGAUCAGAUUGCUGCCAACUGGAAAACAGCCGAUCUCGAUGACAGGCAGAGGGCCAUUUUAGAAGUAGCCAUAGAUUUGUGCCAUUGUAGACCUUUGACGGAAGAAAAAUGUGAAAACCUGAAGAAAAACGGACUAACGGACGAUGAUCUAUGGGACAUUGGAGCAGUGGUUGCCCUGUUUGCUUUGUCAAACAGGAUGGCUUUCACUAUGAAUCUAAAACCUAAUGAAGAGUUUUAUUUGAUGGGGCGGGUGAAGAAAGAGAAGAAAUAAUAUAGAGUGUUUCAUUAAGAAUAUAUAUAAUGUUAUAAGAACAGUUCAGUAUUAAGGUGGAAUGCUUUUUAUAAACUUGUGAAAAUUCACCAUUUCUUACAACUAUUGUGUUUGUUAGGUUUUUUUUAAAGCCAGUUUGGACACAUUUUUUGUACAUCCACCUAACAGGCUUUCCUCAUGGAUAGUAACUACUGGAUAACUAACCAGUUUUCACAAUUUUUCCACAAGUGACUAACUACUAAUCCCACUACUAAAUUCAUGAUCUUGUGAUGGAUGGCAAAAUUUCACAAGUGUAUGAUAAAUGGCCAAGUUUCACAAGUUUAUGGUUGAUGGUUUAUGAUAGAUGGCAAAAUUUCACAAAUUUAUGAUAGAUGGCAAAAUUUCACAAAUUUAUGAUAGAUGGCAAAAUUUCACAAAUUUAUGAUAGAUGGCAAAAUUUCACAAAUUUAUGAUAAAUGGCAAAAUUUCACAAAUUUAUGAUGGAUGCGAAAUUUCACAAACUUAUGAUAAAGGGCAAAAUUUCACAAGUUUAAGGUUGAUGGCAAACUUUCACAAGUUUAUGAUGGGAUAUUUUGUGUUAACUGUUCUAUUUUUAUGCAUCUGUGAUAAGUUUUUGUUUUGUACAUUGUUAAAUUUCUUGUGAGUAGACCAUUAAAAAAAAGUCAUUUUUGUAUUCACAAACUUAAAAGCAAUGCUUUGAUUAUGGUCUAAAUGAAAAGGCAUUGUUUGCUGUUUAAAUGUACAAAAUGUAUAUGUCACUUGAUUUAGAUUUUUCUGUUUGUCUACUUUAUGUCCUUUUAUAAAUGCGAUACAAUCAAUUUUUCAAUUGAGCAUGAUUUAUUUAUUAUUCACAGUAUCACAACUUUAAUGGCCCAUUAAGCUAAAAAUGAUUGUAAUAGUUUCAUUUUUCAGAAGUUUAAAUUUUGAUGUCGUGUGACAGUGUCCAAACAUUACAUAUAGUGCAUGCAGAUGAAGUGACUUUUGCUUCCUUUGUGUUUAGGCAGUACGGUUAUAGUGAAUCAGUAUUGUGUUUGAAAGUUAAAAUAUAUGGCCUUAAUUUGCAUUUUGCUACAUUAAUCAGAAAUUGAUGCUAUUCAGUAUUCAGGUGUACAUCUUAAAUUUCUUUAUCUGUCAUUGCAACAUUAUAAAACACAUUUUCGCACUUUUUGCAGUCAAGGAAAAAAGGAUAUUUCUUUUUAUUUCUGUGGCUUUAAUGUGCUUUAAUAUUUUGUAUUUUUUUGUUGUAUGUAUUUUAAAAUUAUUGUUGCUAACGUUUAUUUGUUUGUUUCAUUUUACGCCUUUUCUCCAACAGUAUUUCAGUCAUAUAGGCGGGUAGUUUGCUAACCAUCGUUCCUGGAGAGUUAUUAGACUUUCCUUCCUCCAUGCUAAACUACCAAAGCAUCUCCCGGGGAUUGAACCCACACCAGAGAGGUAAUUGGAUUAGAAGUCAUCGACUCUAACCCCUCGACCACAGAGGGGGUAAACAUAAGUGUCUAUUUUAUGUGUUGUUUUCAUAAUAUAUGUCAUGUUGUCAUGAAGAUGUUAUUUGGACAGAUUUAUAUUUAGACAUUAAAACAUUAUAAGUGUG